CGACAGCACUAUAGAAGCACAUCGGCUUAUCGGAAUUUAUGCAUUUUCAAUAUAAAAACGAACAAUAAAGCCAUAAUAAGAAAAAGGCACACGGCUAACGGCAAUGCAGUGAAAAAUGUAUUUGCUUUUAGUAUUCUUUGUUUUCUGCAUACGAGUGGAUGGGAUUCCGAAGGAUUCGAGUGGCAGUGAUGACGUCACAGGCCUCGUGACGUCACUGAGGAAUGAUGCAAACUUAGACCUGUCUGAGGAUGAGGAAUAUGAGGAUCUACGUGCCGAGUUCCUAGCUUACCACUCCGCUCUAUCAUCGCUUGCUUCGUCACGACGAUCCCUAAUCAGCACACCGUGUUGGUCACAUGGAGGAAUUUGUAUCAAUUACAAGCUCUGUCCCCGGCAUCUACAUCUUACAGAAAUACCAGGCUGUAAGAACAGGCUGAAUGUUUGCUGUUUUGUAUGGAAUCAGUAUGAAGUUCGAGAUAUGAGAGAUAAGGGGAUCCAUAAUAUAGCAUUCCCUUGGAGCGCUAAACAUGAUUAUGGAGGUGAAGGAAUCAUUACCGUAACUAAGAAGAAAGCUAAAAAGAAGAGAAAACCCACCACUGAAAGAGCAGUUGUUUUUACUUUAUAAAAAAUACAAACGUUUAUUUCAUUUAGAAAAUAGGUCUAAUAUAAAAAUAAAGAAAAAAGGCAAUAUUGACGACGUAGUUAUUUAAUAUGAAUCAAAUAGUUAUUGUGAAACGUCAUCUUGGUGAGUUACUGAGUUGGUGGAAACGGAAAUCAAUCGCUCUAUUUGCCGAUGGCCGCCAUUUUUUAUUCCUUUUUAUUUGAUACGUGACCUAGCUAAACCUCUGAUCUGCUAUCGUGUUUGAAAUUUUAGUAUUUGGAAAUGCAAAAACUUUUUCAUAUUUUCAAAUUUUUUAUCAAUUUCAUAUUUAUGCGUCUAGUGUAUCACUUCCGGUGGUUUACAAGAGAAAUAUCGCCGUUGUAUUGAUGUUACUAAUAAAAAUACUGUAUUCUAUUAAAGUUGAAAUGGUAUUUGGUGUUCAAAAUUUAAUCUUAUUUUUACAGUAACUAAAUACGAAUUCAGUAUAAAAUAACAAA